GGCGACGGUCGUGCCGUACUUCGCUCGUCCCUCCGCGAGUACGUGGCGAGUGAGGCGCUGGCGGCGCUGGGGUUGCCGACCACUCGGGCGCUGUGUCUGGUGGGGACAGGUGACCAGGUGUCGCGCGACAUGUUCUACAACGGAGACGUCCGCUGGGAGCGCGGGGCGGUGGUGACGCGGGUGGCUCCCUGCUUCGUACGCUUCGGGAGCUUCCAACUGCCUGUCAGCAGGGGGGCGGGGGAGGUGGGCCUGGUGAGGAUGCUGGCGGACUGGGUGGUCAAGUACCACUACCCACACCUGCAGGGCACCCCCGCCCCCUACCUCCCCCUCCUCCGCGAAGUGACCCACCGCACAGCCCACUUGGUGGCCGGCUGGCAGGCGCUGGGGUUCGUGCACGGCGUGCUCAACACCGACAACAUGAGCAUCCUGGGGCUCACGAUAGACUAUGGCCCCUUCGGCUUCCUGGGCGCAUUCGACCCUGACUGGACACCCAACCUCACCGACGUGGAGGGGCGCAGAUACAGCUAUCGCAACCAGCCGGAGGCAGUUCAGUUCAAUCUGGUCAUGUUUGGAAGUGCGCUGUGUAGGGCGGGGCUGGUGGGGCAGGAGGAGGCGGAGGGGGUGCUGCGGGAAUACAGCGAGGUCCUAACCACCGCCUACAACGCCCGCAUGGCUGCCAAACUCGGUCUCCUCGAGUACGACAGGGCCCUAUGUACGGAACUUCUCAAGCUGAUGUACGAGGAUGACGCGGACUUCACAAACACCUUCCGGGCCCUGUGUGAGGUGGAAUCAGCCACCACCACCUCGCCCGCCUCCUCCUCCUCCUCUUCCUCUCCCACUGCAACAUCAUCAUCAUCAUCUGACUCCCCAACCACCACCACCACCAGCACCACCAGCACCAGCAACGUAAACAGCAGUACCUCCACCACCCCUCCCCACGGUCUUCCAGCCGCCCUGGCUGCUGCUCUGGGCGGGGGAGGGCCCCGUUCCGAGGAGCGAGCGGCUGCUUGGCGGCAGUGGCUGGGGGCGUACCGCGCAAAGCUCCGUUCCGAGGGCCAGCCCGACGCCCCCCGCCAGGCCUCCCAGCGCUGCUCCUGCCCUCGCUUCAUCCCCCGGCAGCACCUGCUGCAGUGGGCCAUCGAGGCGGCGGAGGGGGGCGAGUGGGGCGAGCUGCGGGAGCUCAUGCGGGUGCUGGAGAGGCCGUACGACGAGCAGCCCGAGGCCCCCUCCAAGUACUCCCAGCCCCCCCCGCGGGAGAUGGUACGGCCGG